UUCCUUGGGUGACUCAGGUGAGCCGCCGGACAGGGUCCGGGGCUCGGAGGUUGCUGUGCUUCCCUCUGCUGGGCCCGGCUUCAGCCGGUUAGAGAGCGACCUUCCCCCGCAGGCUCCUCCCGGAGAGAGGUGGUUAGCUCAUCGUGCUAAGCCAUGGCCUCGGUACCCUCCGCCGGCUGUCUCCUGGCCAAGAACCAGUACUAUAGAACAAGACAGAACUCGGAAUCCAGCGCUUCUUCUAGCUCCUCCUGCUGUUCAGAUGCUGUGAAUGCUACAGAGCAGGAUAAAGCGUUUCAUGGGUUACCUGACAUAAUUGAUACAUAUUGGUGGAUAAAAAGCUUUUUUCAUAGCGAGCCGCCACCACCAACUGUUGGCAGAAAAACGCUAUCGGCAAGCAGUACCAACAGUUGAAGGGGACAGCCCUCUGGCUUCAUUGACCGAGAUACUACAUACAGGCUUGUUUUUGACCAAGAGGCUUGGGAUCUUCCUAACGUCUGGGUUCAGCUGCAAGAAGAAAACAAAACCUGUGGGAGAGUGGAAGAGUGUAUUUUCAAAACAUUUGUCAGUAGCUUAAAUGAUAUUGCUUAAUGGACUUGUC